AACAAGAUAGUAGAGUAGGGAAUUAGGAAUAUCCCCAAAUGUUGCUUAUUGGGAUAAUUUUUAGGGUUGAGUGAAUCAAAACACAGAAAUUGAAUUCCCAUAUCCCCUUCUUCUCAUAUAACGCUCACAAACCACAUUUCACCUUACGCGCAAACAACACAACACAAAGCAUUGAUUUUUGUAACUCGGCGUUUUCCUCAGCUCCUCUGAAAAGUCAUCGUCUUGGCCUUAGCCUUGAAAAACCAAACGCUACCCUUUAUCUCUCUCUAGGAAUUUGAGCACAAAGCCCAAAUCUUUGUGUUCUUCACCCGUUGCUGUCUUUUCAGGUAUUUCUACCUAGAGAAGAGAAUUGGGUUGUUUACGUCUAACAUAAGCUGAUUGCUCGUGCCAGUGCUGUACCCAAGUAGCAACAAUAACUGUGACGUAUCAUCUGAAACAGAUGCACUGUGAUUAUUAUGUCUGAACUGAUUGAAGGUCUUCCUGACGCCGUUGCCCUUAGGUGCCUUGCUUGGGUUCCCUUCCAUCUCCAUCCUAAGUUGGAGCUUGUUUCCCGUUCCUGGAAAGCUGCAAUUCAUAGCCCUGAACUGUUUAGAGCUCGACAGGAGCUUGGCUCAUGUGAAGAUUUAUUAUGUGUGUCUGCUUUUGAUCCAGAGAAUUUAUGGCAGCUGUAUGACCCUCUUCGAGACCUUUGGAUUACACUCCCUGUUCUCCCUUCUAGAAUUAAAAUCCUUUCUAAUUUCGGUGCUGUCUCCACUGCUGGAAAGCUGUUUGUGCUUGGUGGUGGUAGUGGUGCUGUUGACCCACAGACCGGUGACCAAGAUGGGAGUUUUGCAACCAAUGAGGUGUGGUCAUAUGACCCUGUAAUUAGGCAAUGGAACUCACGUGCAUCUAUGCUUGUGCCUCGUGCAAUGUUUGCAUGCUGUGUUUUAGAUGGAAAAAUUGUUGUUGCUGGUGGUUUUACCAGCUGUCGAAGGUCAAUUUCUCAAGCAGAAAUGUAUGACCCUGACAAGGAUGUGUGGAUUCCAAUACCUGAUCUCCAUCGUACUCAUAAUUCGGCAUGCUCAGGAAUAGCGAUCAGAGGAAAGGUGCACGUCUUGCACAAGGGUUUAUCAACGGUGCAAGUCUUAGACAAUGUGGUGAAUGGGUGGACUGUAGAGGAUUAUGGUUGGCAACAGGGUCCAAUGACGGUUGUUAAGGGUGCACUUUAUGUGAUGAGCAACGGACUCAUCUGCAAGCAAGACAGGGAAGUGAGGAAGGUUUUGGUUUCAGCAUCUGAGAUUGGUCGCAGAAUUGGGUUUGCAAUGACUGGACUUGGGGAUGAAAUUUAUUUGAUUGGUGGGGUGAUUAUCCCUGAUCAGUGGAACUUGGAGAUCAAGCCAAUGUCUGAUGUUGAUGUUCUGACAAUUGGGGGUGAAAGGCCUACUUGGCGCCAGGCAGCUGCAAUGACACGGUGCCGUGGAACUAUUCUUGGUUGUACACAGUUGAGAAUUUAGGUAUCCUUGUUAUCUGGUGGUUAAUUUUAGUUUGCAUCCUAACGCUCUUCAUUCCUGGUGGUUAAUUUAGGUAUCCUUUUUUUCUUUUUCUUUUGUAAUCCAUACUCUCCGCGAUGUUUCAUGUUAUGAUUAGCGGCUCGAGUUCUCUUGGAACUCCUAUAUACCCAGGUAACAGUAAAAGGUUCAGGCACCAUUCGGAAGAGGCAAAAAUUUAGGGGUACAAGAAUUAUAUGAACUAUUUGUUAUGGAUGAAGCACUUCUGUUC